AUGCACGGCAGGCCAAGUGCAACAGUUUCUAAUUUAGACGCGACGCAAGUGGGACACAACGAAAUGCGCUGUGCAUUUGGUGGAAUUAAUUACACUGGCAGCUGUCUGUGGCUGUUGCUGCUGUUGCUGUUGCAAAUGCUGCUGCAACAGGGCGAGGCAAUGCCCUGGUGGCGCCACAACAACAACGACGCCAGCUACGAUGCCAGCCUGGAUCCGGUCGUCUGGUCGCGCCCCUUUGUCCAGGACACGGUGCGCAGGCCGCGCAUCAGCCAGCCAGAGGCCGCCGAGCUGCCACAGCUGGGCAAGCACAGGCGUCGCUGGUGGGGCAACAACAAGUUCCACAACAACAACAACAACAAGAAGAAGAGCUACAAAAAGUAUGUGCGCAAGCGUCUGCUGCUGCGCCAAACUAGAUGUUAG